AUGAAUAAAUUAGAAGAAGUGUUGCAAUUAAUUGAUUUAGCUCUUUAAAAAAGCCCCGAAAAUCCAGAGUACUAAAAUUGCAAAGGUAAAUAAAAUCAUUUAAUAAAAGCGAUUGCGUUAACAAAAAUAAAUAGAUUUGGAGAAGCAUUACAAUAUUUUGAUUCAGCAAUUAAAAAAAUCCCUGACAAUGCAGAUUAUUAUUAUAAUAAAGGUAUCUUUCUAAAUGAAUGUUUAUUUUCCAGCACUUGUUUUAGGAAAACUGAAUAGAUAUGAAGAAGCAUUGGAAUAUUACGAUUCAGCUAUUUAGCAAAAUCCAGAAGAUGCAGAUUAUUAUUAUAAUAAAGGUAUCUUUCUAAAUGCAUGUUUAUUUCCAGCACUUGUUUUAGGGAAAAUGAAUAGAUUUGAUGAAGCAUUGGAAUAUUACGAUUCAGCAAUUAAAAAAAUCCCUGACAAUGCAGAUUAUUAUUAUAAUAAAGGUAUCUUUCUAAAUGAAUGUUUAUUUUCCAGCACUUGUUUUAGGAAAACUGAAUAGAUAUGAAGAAGCAUUGGAAUAUUGCAAUUCAGCUAUUUAGAAAAACCCAGAAGAUGCAGAUUAUUAUUAUAAUAAAGGUAUCUAUCUAAAUACAUGUUUAUUUCCAGCACUUGUUUUAGGAAAAAUGAAUAGAUUUGAAGAAGCAUUGGAAUAUUACGAUUCAGCUAUUUUGAAAAACCCAGACAACACAGAAUAUUAUAAUGGCAAAGGUUUAAUAUAUUAUAAAUUUUUUAUUAGCAAUUACUUUAGAGAGAAUGAAUAGAUUUGAAGAAGCACUAGAAUAUUACGAUUCAGCUAUUUAGAUAAACCCAGACAAGGCAGAAUAUUUUAAUGGCAAAGGUAUAAUAUAUUAUUACUUUUUUCUAAGCAAUUACUUUAUAGUAAAUGAAUAGAUUUGAAGAAGCAUUAGUAUAUUACAAUGCAGCUAUUUAGAAAAACCCAGAAAAUGGAGACUUUUAUCAUGGCAAAGGUAUAAUAUAUUCUAAAUUUUUAUUAGCAAUUGCUUUACAGAAAAUGAAUAGAUUAGAAGAAGCAUUAGAAUAUUACGAUUCAGCUAUUUAGAAAAACCCAGAAAAUGGAGACUUUUAUCAUGGCAAAGGUAUAAUAUAUUAUAAAAUUUUAUUAGCAAUUGCUUUACAGAAAAUGAAUAGAUUAGAAGAAGCAUUAGAAUAUUAAGAUUCAGCUAUUUAGAAAAACCCAGAAGAUGCAGAUUAUUAUUAUAAUAAAGGUAUCUAUCUAAAUACAUGUUUAUUUCCAGCACUUGUUUUAGGAAAAAUGAAUAGAUUUGAAGAAGCAUUGGAAUAUUACGAUUCAGCUAUUUUGAAAAACCCAGACAACACAGAAUAUUAUAAUGGCAAAGGUUUAAUAUAUUAUAAAUUGUUUAUUAGCAAUUACUUUAGAGAGAAUGAAUAGAUUUGAAGAAGCACUAGAAUAUUAUUAUUUAGCUAUUCAGAUAUAUCCAGACAAUGAAAUUUACUGCUAUCACAUAGGUUUUAUCUUAAUUACUUAUUUAUAGGUGAUAUUCUAGAGAAAAUGUUCAGAUUUGAAGAAGCAUUAAAAUAUUACGAUUCAGCUAUUUAGAUAAACCCAGACAAGGCAGAAUAUUUUAAUGGCAAAGGUAUAAUAUAUUAUUACUUUUUUCUAAGCAAUUACUUUAUAGUAAAUGAAUAGAUUUGAAGAAGCAUUAGUAUAUUACAAUGCAGCUAUUUAGAAAAACCCAGAAAAUGGAGACUUUUAUCAUGGCAAAGGUAUAAUAUAUUAUAAAAUUUUAUUAGCAAUUGCUUUACAGAAAAUGAAUAGAUUAGAAGAAGCAUUAGAAUAUUAAGAUUCAGCUAUUUAGAAAAACCCAGAAGAUGCAGAUUAUUAUUAUAAUAAAGGUAUCUAUCUAAAUACAUGUUUAUUUCCAGCACUUGUUUUAGGAAAAAUGAAUAGAUUUGAAGAAGCAUUGGAAUAUUACGAUUCAGCUAUUUUGAAAAACCCAGACAACACAGAAUAUUAUAAUGGCAAAGGUUUAAUAUAUUAUAAAUUGUUUAUUAGCAAUUACUUUAGAGAGAAUGAAUAGAUUUGAAGAAGCACUAGAAUAUUAUUAUUUAGCUAUUCAGAUAUAUCCAGACAAUGAAAUUUACUGCUAUCACAUAGGUUUUAUCUUAAUUACUUAUUUAUAGGUGAUAUUCUAGAGAAAAUGUUCAGAUUUGAAGAAGCAUUAAAAUAUUACGAUUCAGCUAUUUAGAUAAACCCAGACAAGGCAGAAUAUUUUAAUGGCAAAGGUAUAAUAUAUUAUUACUUUUUUCUAAGCAAUUACUUUAUAGUAAAUGAAUAGAUUUGAAGAAGCAUUAGUAUGUUACAAUGCAGCUAUUUAGAAAAACCCAGAAAAUGGAGACUUUUGUCAUGGCAAAGGUAUAAUAUAUUAUAAAAUUUUCUAAGCAAUUACUUUAUAGUAAAUGAAUAGAUUUGAAGAAGCAUUAGAAUAUUACAAUGCAGCUAUUUAGAAAAACCCAGAAAAUGGAGACUUUUAUCAUGGCAAAGGUAUAAUAUAUUAUAAAAUUUUAUUAGCAAUUGCUUUAUAGAAAAUGAAUAGAUUAGAAGAAGCAUUAGAAUAUUACGAUUCAGCUAUUUAGAUAAACCCAGACAAGGCAGAAUAUUUUAGUGGCAAAGGUAUAUAAUAUUAUUACUUUUUUCUAAGCAAUUACUUUAUAGAAAAUGAAUAGAUUUGAAGAAGCAUUAGAAUAUUACGAUGCAGCCAUUCAUAAAAAUCCAGAAAAUGAAAACUAUUUUCUUUACAAAGGUGUAAUUUACUGGUGAAUUAUUUCAUAGCCUAUGCAUUACAAUAAUUGAAUAGAUUUGAUGAAUCAUUGGAAUAUUAUGAUUAUGCUAUUUAAAAAAACCCAGAAAAAGCAGAAUGUUUUAAUGGCAAAGGUAUCUAAUAUGUAAAAUAUUUACUUAGCGAUUGUCUUAGGAUUAAUGUAUAGAUAUGAAGAAUCAUUAGAAUAUUAUGAUUUAGCUAUUCAGAAAAACCCUUAAUAAGCAAAUUAUUAUAAUGGCAAAGGUUAAAAUAUGUAAACAAUUUUAUAGCGAUUAUCUUACAAUUAAUGCAUAGAUCUGAUGAAUCAUUGGAAUGUUAUGAUUUAGCGAUAAGGAAAAAUCCAGAAAAUGGAGAGUAUUAUUAUGGCAAAGGUAUAAAUUAAUGAUGCCUACAUUCCUAGCUAUUUCUUUACAUGCAUAGAUUAGAUAUCAAGAAGCGUUGCAUUAUUAUGAUAAAGCUAUAGAGAAAAAUCAAAACCAAGCAGACUUUUAUUAUGGUAAAGGUAUAAAUUAAUGAGAUAUACAAACUAAGCGAUUACAUUAGGAUUAAUGAAUAGAUAUGAAGAAUCAUUAGAAUACUAUGAUUCAGCUAUUCAGAAAAACCCAGAAGAAGCAGACUACUACUGUGGCAAAGGUUAAACUCUGGAUAUUGACUAUUUUAGCUCUUUCCUUAAUAAAAAUGAACAGAUUUGAAGAAUCAUUAGAAUAUUAUGAUUUAGCCAUUCAGAAAAACCCUGAAUAAGCAAACUUUUACUGUGGCAAAGGUAUAAAAUGUAUUGAUCAAUAUUUCUUAGCGAUUGCCUUACGUUUAAUGAACAGAGUUGAAGAAUCAUUAGAAUAUUAUGAUUUAGCCAUUCAGAAAAACCCAGAAGAAGCGGAAUUUUAUUAUGGCAAAGGUAUAAAUUACUGAACAAUACUAUCUUAGCGAUUGCUUUAUGGAAAAUGAAUAGUUAUGUAGAUGCAUUGAAAUAUUAAGAAUUAGCUAUUCAGAAAAACCCAGAAUAGGCAGACUAUUAUUAUAGCAACGGUAUAAAUUAAUAAUAUUAAAAAAUUUAGCGAUUGUCUUAGGAUUAAUGAAUAGAUAUGAAGAAUCAUUAGAAUAUUAUGAUUUAGCUAUUCAGAAAAACCCUUAAUAAGCAAAUUAUUAUAAUGGCAAAGGUUAAAAUAUGUAAACAAUUUUAUAGCGAUUAUCUUACAAUUAAUGCAUAGAUCUGAUGAAUCAUUGGAAUGUUAUGAUUUAGCGAUAAGGAAAAAUCCAGAAAAUGGAGAGUAUUAUUAUGGCAAAGGUAUAAAUUAAUGAUAUUUAAAAACUUAGCGAUUGUCUUAGUAUAAAUGAAUAGAUAUGUCGAAUCAUUGGAAUAUUAUGAUUAAGCCAUUCAGAAAAACCCAGUAGAAGCCAAAUUUAUUUAUGGCAAAGGUAAUUUACUGAUCAUUGUUUUCUUGGCGAUUGCCUUAGGAUUAAUGAAUACAUUUGAAUAAACAUAUUAAUAUUACGAUUCAGUUAUUUAGAAAAAUCCAAAAAUUGAAGAUUAUUAAAAUGGCAAAGGUACUAGUUAUUAUAAUGUUUUCUUAGUAAUUACUUUAGAAAAAAUGGAAAAAUUUGAUGAAUAAUUGGAGUAUUAUGAUUCAGCUAUUCAGAAGAACCCAGAAAACGCAGAGUAUUAUUAUAGCAAAGGUAUAAAUAAAUGAUGUAUUUAUUCUUAGCGAUCGCCUUAUUCAAGAUGAAUAGAUUUUAAGAAGCAUUAAUGUUCUUUGAUUCAGCUAUUCAGAAAAACCCAGAAAAUGCAGAUUAUUAUUAUAGCAAAGGUAUAAAUAAAUGAUGAAUAUAUUCUUAGCGAUCGCCUUAGUUUUAAUGUAUAAAUUUUAAUAAGCAUUGAAAAAUUUUGAUACAGCUAUUCAAAAAAACUCCGAAGAUGCAGAUUAUUAUAAUGGCAAAGGUAUAAUUUAAUGAUGUAUAUUUUUGUUUAGCGAUUGCAUUAUAUAAAAUGAAUAGAUUUGAAGAAGCAUUGGAGUAUUAUGAUUCAGCUAUUCAGAAAAACCCAGAAAAUGCAGAUUAUUAUUAAGGCAAAGGUAUAAUUUAAUGAUUUAUAUUUUGUUUAGCGAUUGCCUUAGAAAAAAUUAAUAGAUUUGAAGAAGCAUUGGAAUAGUAUGAUUCAGCUAUUCAGAAAAACCCAGAAAAAGCAGAUUAUUAUAAUGGCAAAGGUAUAAUUUAAUGAUGUAUAUUUUUGUUUAGCGAUUGCAUUAUAUAAAAUGAAUAGAUUUGAAGAAGCAUUGGAGUAUUAUGAUUCAGCUAUUCAGAAAAACCCAGAAAAUGCAGAUUAUUAUAAUGGCAAAGGUAUAAUUUAAUGAUGUAUAUUUUUGUUUAGCGAUUGCAUUAUAUAAAAUGAAUAGAUUUGAAGAAGCAUUGGAGUAUUAUGAUUCAGCUAUUCAGAAAAACCCAGAAAAUGCAGAUUAUUAUAAUGGCAAAGGUAUAAUUUAAUGAUGUAUAUUUUUGUUUAGCGAUUGCAUUAUAUAAAAUGAAUAGAUUUGAAGAAGCAUUGGAGUAUUAUGAUUCAGCUAUUCAGAAAAACCCAGAAAAUGCAGAUUAUUAUAAUGGCAAAGGUAUAAUUUAAUGAUGUAUAUUUUUGUUUAGCGAUUGCAUUAUAUAAAAUGAAUAGAUUUGAAGAAGCAUUGGAGUAUUAUGAUUCAGCUAUUCAGAAAAACCCAGAAAAUGCAGAUUAUUAUAAUGGCAAAGGUAUAAUUUAAUGAUGUAUAUUUUUGUUUAGCGAUUGCAUUAUAUAAAAUGAAUAGAUUUGAAGAAGCAUUGGAGUAUUAUGAUUCAGCUAUUCAGAAAAACCCAGAAAAUGCAGAUUAUUAUAAUGGCAAAGGUAUAAUUUAAUGAUGUAUAUUUUUGUUUAGCGAUUGCAUUAUAUAAAAUGAAUAGAUUUGAAGAAGCAUUGGAGUAUUAUGAUUCAGCUAUUCAGAAAAACCCAGAAAAUGCAGAUUAUUAUAAUGGCAAAGGUAUAAUUUAAUGAUGUAUAUUUUUGUUUAGCGAUUGCAUUAUAUAAAAUGAAUAGAUUUGAAGAAGCAUUGGAGUAUUAUGAUUCAGCUAUUCAGAAAAACCCAGAAAAUGCAGAUUAUUAUAAUGGCAAAGGUAUAAUUUAAUGAUGUAUAUUUUUGUUUAGCGAUUGCAUUAUAUAAAAUGAAUAGAUUUGAAGAAGCAUUGGAGUAUUAUGAUUCAGCUAUUCAGAAAAACCCAGAAAAUGCAGAUUAUUAUAAUGGCAAAGGUAUAAUUUAAUGAUGUAUAUUUUUGUUUAGCGAUUGCAUUAUAUAAAAUGAAUAGAUUUGAAGAAGCAUUGGAGUAUUAUGAUUCAGCUAUUCAGAAAAACCCAGAAAAUGCAGAUUAUUAUAAUGGCAAAGGUAUAAUUUAAUGAUGUAUAUUUUUGUUUAGCGAUUGCAUUAUAUAAAAUGAAUAGAUUUGAAGAAGCAUUGGAGUAUUAUGAUUCAGCUAUUCAGAAAAACCCAGAAAAUGCAGAUUAUUAUUAAGGCAAAGGUAUAAUUUAAUGAUGUAUAUUUUUGUUUAGCGAUUGCAUUAUAUAAAAUGAAUAGAUUUGAAGAAGCAUUGGAGUAUUAUGAUUCAGCUAUUCAGAAAAACCCAGAAAAUGCAGAUUAUUAUUAAGGCAAAGGUAUAAUUUAAUGAUGUAUAUUUUUGUUUAGCGAUUGCAUUAUAUAAAAUGAAUAGAUUUGAAGAAGCAUUGGAGUAUUAUGAUUCAGCUAUUCAGAAAAACUCAGAAAAAGCAGAUUAUUAUAAUGGCAAAGGUAUAAAUUAAUGAUAUUUUCUUAGCCUUGUGCAUUUCCAAAUUUAUGAAAAUCAAUACGUUAGAAGAAAUAUCAGAAAAUCUUAUUUCUAAAAUUCAGACCAACUUAUAAAGUUAAAAAUAUUUUAAUAUCAAAGGUAUAAUUAAUAAUUUACACUUUUAGAAACACAAUAACUACUCUAAUCUAUCAUUUCUAAAUCGAUUUUACUUUGA